CGCACUUGACCAACUCGGGCCCGCUAAUCAGCCUCUUGUUGCUUCUUCUCGCUCGGUGGCGUCUUCUCGCUGCUGGUUUCGAUCCAUCACCAUCACCAUCGCCUCCAUCCCGCAUGUCGGUUGUCGAAAAAAUCGGGUGUCGGUGAUGAUAUUCGCCAUUCACCAGAUUCUCUCGACCUCUUCAGGUUCGGAGCAUUUGCGAGGCCCAAGCACCGCAUUUCGCCAUCUUGCACCAUUCUGACCCUUCUGACGAGCAAUCCUAUCACUUACGACUCCCUGUGCCCUCUUCUCCUUUGUCAGUCCUCCCAUGAGCGCAGUCUACUUUACUCGCUGGCAUCCCCCGCACCGUUCGGAUCUCGGGGUUCUUACCUGCAAAUUCCUUGUCUCGUGUCGCGCAAGCAGAGAGACUCCAGAUCAGCUAGCAGACGAGAUGUGAAAUGACCUUGGUCAAUCUUUGAAGAAACUUCGUCAUGCCGUUUGAUCUCAUCGACAAGCACCGAAGGCAGGGUUUGGUGGACACGGAAUGGGAGGAACCCGCCAGAAAGAGACUUCGAAUGAACCCAUCUGAAGACGAGGAAAGACAUGCAGCCACAAAAGACAAAAGCAUCACGAUUGCCUCGACCGCCAAACACGCCGAUCAGAAUGUCGCUCCCUUUCUGGCGAAGCACAUCCCUUCUCAAUAUGCGCCCUUGGGCAGGGCCGGCAAACUGGCCACUCACCACUUCGACCCCAUGAAGGACCCGAAUUCCAAGUUCUGCUAUCGACACCGACCCGAUAUGCUGUGCCGGCGGCAAGCAGACGAGCCGUCAAUGGACAAGCUGCAGAAAGAAUUGGAUACACUGUCACAAGAAGACCGACAGGGCAUCGUCCAGAUGUGGUCCCUGUUUUCUGCCGCCCCCUCCAAACAUCGAAAUCUCAUGCUUCAGGGCAUCCUCGCGCAGUGCUGCUUCCCUCAACUCUCUUUUCUCUCGGCCAAUGUCCGAGAACUCAUUCGAAUCGACUUCAUUUCCGCCCUGCCGUCCGAGGUCGCCUUUCGCAUCCUUUCUUUCCUAGACACCACGUCUCUUUGUAAGGCCGCACAGGUAUCGAGGAGGUGGAGACAGCUAGCGGACGACGACGUUGUCUGGCAUCGGAUGUGCGAGCAACACAUUGAUCGAAAGUGUACUAAAUGUGGAUGGGGGUUGCCUUUGCUGGAGAGGAAAAUGUUGCGUGCCACGAAGAGGCAGAUUGAAUUGCGUGCGGCAAGCAACCUGCCGCUUGAUUCUGAACCACCCGCUUCGUCGCAAAGUGUCGAGAUGUCAGAUACCGAAAGCCACCACGAUUCCUCGUCAGAUGGCCGACUCUCGCCCGUUGCGACCCGACGGCCGCCGCUAGGUACGAGUGACAGUGAUUACUUGCGGAAAACCAGACCUUGGAAGGACGUGUAUAAGGACCGAUUCAAGGUCGGUACGAAUUGGAAGUAUGGUCGAUGCAGUAUCAAAAUCCUCAAGGGCCACACGAACGGAGUCAUGGCGCUUCAAUUUUAUGACAACAUCCUCGCAACCGGGUCGUAUGAUGCAACCAUCAAAAUCUGGGACUUGGACACGGGUAAAGAGCUGAGGACGCUGAGCGGUCACACCAUGGGCAUCCGUUGUCUACAGUUCGAUGACAACAAACUCAUCAGUGGCAGUCUCGACAAGACCCUCAAGGUCUGGAACUGGCGCACUGGUGAGUGCAUCUCUACAUACAACGGCCACACUGAAGGAGUGAUUGCGCUGCACUUCGACUCGAAUAUCCUGGUGUCUGGCUCUGUCGACCAUACGGCCCGUGUGUGGAAUUUCCAGGAUCGGUCAGUCUUCACCCUCCGCGGGCAUACAGAUUGGGUCAACUCGGUCAAGAUUGACUCGGCAUCCCGCACCAUUUUUACAGCGUCCGAUGACUGCACGGUCAAACUUUGGGACCUGGAUACAAAGAAGUGCAUCCACACUUUCGAAGGCCACGUGGGCCAAGUCCAGCAGGUCUUACCCCUUCCUACCGAGUUCGAACCUGGCACCGAUGUGCAGGAAGACGACGACGAGCAGGUCUCGGACCCCGGAACCCCCGACAGCUCUACCACGAUCCUCGACGAGAACGGCGGGUUUCCCAUCGUCUCCUCCAAGGACAUGGGUAUCAACAGCCUGUUCACCUCUCAGCCUGAUCGUACCCGUCCGCCCCACUACAUGUUGACCUCGGCCCUGGAUUCCACCAUCCGUCUGUGGGAUGUGCACUCCGGUCGCUGCAUCCGGAAAUUCUUUGGGCAUGUUGAGGGAGUGUGGGCCGUGGCGGCGGAUACUCUAAGGAUUGUGUCCGGGGCCGAAGACCGGAUGGUGAAGGUAUGGGAUCCUCGGACGGGUAAGUGCGAGAGGACCUUUACCGGACAUGCUGGGCCAGUGACGUGCAUCGGGUUGAGUGAUUCGAGAAUGUGUAGUGGCGGCGAAGACGGGGAGGUGAGGGUCUACAAUUUCACGGGCUGAUUGACGUGUUUCUGGGAGAUUAGCAGGUGGAUCUGGGGAUUGGGAGUCUCAUGGAUAUUCUCUUCUGAGUAUAUGGGUUCUGUCUUUACUGGAGGUUGUGGUUGGAACCCUUUGGGAAAGCGAAAUAGUAAAAGCAUGGCGUCCGGUGUGUUUGUGGUCCAUUGAAACACCGGCAUUACAUGGGGCGUCCUCAGGGACAACGUACUGGCGGGUUUACAAGCGGCGACAAGGGAUGUAUGCUGUGCGACAAAAAAAGGGCUCCAGAGCCAUCAUCUCCUGGAUGCGACGUUGAUGGUUUCCGGCCUGGGGCGUUUUGGAUGCUUUGGAGAGGUUCCCGCCAUGAUACCAAUUUGCUUUUCUGUCUGAAGAAGUCAUAUGUUCCGGCCUAGCCUACCGAGCCUUCCGUGGGACCUGGUGGUCGCAGUAACACGAUCUUGGCGUCCGGGGUAUAUAAGCGAAGGCUUCGGUCUAGAAAGACGGAGAUGGUGCCUCACCUUAUAUGAAGGCCCCCAGCGAAAAAGGGCGGAGGGGCCUCGCACUAGUCUAGCAGUACCGAGUAUAGGUUAGUCAUGAAGUUAGCCUAGACUGUAUACCGAUACAUAUACCAA